AUGAAGAAGAAGAAAAAAUUGGACCCUGGUUUAGCAUUACAAAAAGAAGUAAAGAAACAGAAGAAAAUUGAAAAACAAAUUAGAAAGUUAGAGCUGAAGGGUCGUAUCCUGAAACCGAUUGAAGAGAUUGAAGGGGACAGGCAAAUAUUAAAAACACUCGACAAAAGACAAAGACCAUCGAUAGUUAUAGCAGAAGAGGAGUUAGAAAGACGGUCAGAACUGAACAAGAGAUGGUCAAAAUAUAAAUACCAUCAAUUCAUUCAGGAAGGGAGAAUCAUUAACAGAGUGAUCACCAGUCAGAGGAAAGCACUGGAUGAACUAAGGAAGGAGUCAGAAGAGUUAUACCAGAUGGCUCUUCAGAUUGAUGAAAAACUGAUUCCAUUUGAAAGGCAAGGUCCAACAGAUACGCCGCCAAUCAAGGAUUAUACACCGCCAGAUGGAGAUUACAUUGACACGACGAGAAAAUUUGACAAAUGA